GGCUGUCAGUGAGUGCUGGGGUCUGUUUGGCGAUGCGGUGUGGUGAGGCGAAUAGUGGACGGAGUGGUCGCCUGAGGGCUUUGCGCAGACGAGCUGAAUUUAGUGAGUGGUCAUUGGACAGUCUACAACUUACGAGGACUGAUAUUUACUGUACCUACUGUGGACUGCUGAAUCGGUAGCUGCAUGAUCGACUUGACCUUCAUGGAUCGUGAUGGAGGACCAGCAUGGGCAUUGAUUUUCUUCGUUGUCACUUCUGGAGCCGCACUUCCCGAAAAGUCCAAAUAUGACCUCUGGAGCACCAACCGCGCUUCCGACACGUUCAGCUACGACCUGCCCUGGAACGACUGGGAGGUGACCACCGCCACCUUCCGCAACUCCAACGGGACGAACUCGUCGGCCGGGUCGCGGCCCGGGCCGGUCCCCAGCGGCAUGGACUUGAAGGUGCUGAAGGAGCUGACGGCCGAUCUCCGUCGGAACCAGGCCAUCUCGCCGUUCGUCAUCAGCGUGACCAUGUCGCAGGUGUGGCUGGCCGCCGACGGCAUCACAAGGAACGAGAUCACUCCGACACUGGGUCUCACCACGCCGAACCCCAAGGACUUCCUGCUGCGCUACCACGCCGCCAUCAGCUACCUCUCCUCCCUCUCCUCUGGCAGCGUCACCGCCGCCGCCUACAGCCACCUCUACAUCAGCGAGCGCAUCUCCGUCCUACCCCCCUUCUCCAGCGUGCUCUCCAGGUACUACCUGACCAAGGAGCGACCUUUCUCCUCACCGGCACAGGCGGUCAGCGAGAUCAACCGAGAUGUGAAUAACGUGACCGGCGGCCGCAUCAGCAGCGUGGUCUCUGAAGAGGAGAUACAGGGCGCCAGCUUCUUCACUGUCGGUGCAUUCUACUUCAGAGCGCCAUGGAAGACGGCAUUCACGCCAUCUCAGAAGAUGUCUUUUUUGACGGCCGUUGGGGAGAAACAAGUGAAGACGAUGAUUCUGAAUAAUAUCAUCCUGCCUUACAUCAAGGUGGCGACGUUCGAUGCCAUCUCGUUACCGUACUCGGAGGGGAAUUUCAGUAUGCUGCUGCUGCGGCCGAUCCAGCGUGCUAUGGACGCGGUGACGGCUCUGAGAGUUCGCCUGGACACCCUGAAUGUUACAGACGUUAUGGUCCAACUGGAGUCAAAGGCAUCUAAAAACAUUGUCGUCAAAAUGCCUACUUUUACCAUAGAAGCAAAGUAUAGCUUAAAACCUGCUAUGCAUGCACUUAGAAUCAGUAAAAUAUUCGCUCCUGGUGCCAACUUCAAGGGCAUCACCGAUCAGCAAGGUCUGUAUUUAAAUGACAUUUUUCACACGGUGUAUAUAAAUGUUUCCGAGACGGGUGAAGACCCAGCGAAAGAUACUUCUGCACCGGCUCAGCCGCCGCGCCGUUCACUGCCAGGGCCGCUAUAUUUCGAACUAGACAGACCGUUCUUCGCCAUUAUUUACAACAGGUUCUGCAGAACGAAUUUCCUUUCUGCGUUUAUAGCCUCACCAUGAAUAUUGUGUAUGGUUUUGAGGGCUUUUGAAGGGGUGUAUCAGUAUUUAUGAUGAAAUGUUAGCCGUUGGUGUGUUGCGUAAUAUGUUCACAAAUAGUUUCUGCGAUACUCUGAAAGCAUAUCAACAAAAAUGUUCGCAUAUAGAUAGUUCCUCUUGGACGAAUGAAUGAACAAAAAUGAAUGAAUAAAUAUGCAUGUCAUCCUU